UGUGGCUGUCAAAACAUUGCAACUUAACCCUCAACAUUUGUUCCUGUCCAAACAGCAGUACAAUCGAACAUUGCACCGAAAUAAAUAUGCGAACUGCCACAUUAGCAAUUUUCAUCUAUUUAUCCAUUCAUUGUGCACAUGCCUGGGACACGGAGGAAUUGGAGAUAUUCGAUUUAGUUGAGGAGAUCAAUCUGAAUUUCUACAAUGUCUUGGGCGUACAACAGGACGCAUCGCUAACCGAAAUCAAGAGGGCAUUCCGAAAUUUGUCGGUCAUACUGCAUCCGGACAAAAGUGAUGCGGAGGAUGCGAACAUACAGUUCAGGAAUUUAGUGUCAGUGUAUGAGGUGCUGAAAGAUUCGUCGAAGCGAGAAAAGUACAAUGAAGUGCUCAAAAAUGGUCUACCGAAUUGGAAGUCGGCUCUGUACUAUUACCGACGAGUACGUAAAAUGGGCCUGGCAGAAAUGAGUUUCAUUGUUUUUGUGAUCGUAACAAUCGGACAGUAUCUCGUUGCAUGGGCAGCCUACGCUGAAAAGAAAUACACUGCCGAAACAAUGCUCGGCAGUCGAUUGAAAAAGCUUCAGAAGAAAAACAAGACGAACGUGGAUAUGGACACGAUCUUAAACGAAAUUCCUGUGCCGUCCAUGUUCAAUACGUUACCGUUUCAAAUACCGAAAUUGAUCUGGAACACACCGGGUGCCAUUAAGGGAAUUUUCCAGUCGUAUUCGCAGUACAAGCAAGAACAGGCAGAAAUUCGUUUGGAGGAGGAAAAGGAAGCAGAACGACUAAGGCUGUUGGAUGAAGCUUUCCUCAGGGAAAAGGAGCAGAAGAAGGAAGGAAUACGGAAAAGAAAGGAAAAGUUUGCGGCCAAAGAGAAAACUGACGCUGAAUUGCAGGGAUAUUCUAAAUUGAAUCCCGGUAGAGCCGGUUCCGGUGUCACAGCUGUGAACACAAAGGAAAUUUUCAGUGGUGGUUUUUGGACGGACGAAGAUUUAACAGAAUUGGUUAGGCUGGUCAAAAAGUAUCCGGGUGGUACACCAGCUAGGUGGGAAGUUAUUGCUGAAAUGAUGAACCGAAGUGUGCAUGAAAUUACAUUCAUGGCCGCCAAAAUGAAAGAGAACGGAUAUAGAGUACCAGGUCAAACCGACAGCGUAGCAGAGAGUAUUGUGCAAGACGCCUCUAAAAAGCUCAAGGCUAAACGAGCGGCUAAUCCUAUAAUUGUGCCUGAAACUACCUGGUCGCAGGAACAACAACAGUUACUUGAGCUAGCCAUUGUAAAGUAUCCGAAAACGACCGUCGGUGAUCGCUGGAGCAAAAUUUCCAAUUCGAUACCAGGAAAAACGAGAGAGGAAUGCUUGGCACGGUACAAGCAUCUCGUGGAAAUAGUCAAGGCUCAGAAGGAACGUGCAAAGUCCGACGAGCAAUCGGCCGAUGACAAAGUGAUAACCGAAAAAUUGGACGAUGAUAAGAUCGAAGACGUGACCGUUGAGGACAAUGACGUAAACGAUGAGGAAGAACCACCGAAGAAGGCACAAAACAAAGGAAAGCCGAGAAAUAAACGAAAAGACCGGAAAAAUCGAAUGGACUUCUCCAGUGAUGAGGAGGAGGAUGAUUAUGAUUCAAAUUGAUAUUUGAAAAUUGGUGUGAAAUGUCGCUGAGCUUGCAAAAUAAAAUGGCAAUUUUUCUGUCAACAAAAA